AUGGCCAUGGCGACAUCGAGCGCCCAUAUCAAACGACCUUCUCCAUCCAUCGACCAGAACAAUCCAAAGCGUAUCAAGCGCUACUAUCAUCACCACCAUCGUUUACAGGAGCCCGUGGUUCUCCCAUCCACCUCCGAGCCAGUCGUGCAAGAUGAUACCCACCUCGACCAAUUGAUGAAUCGUGCAAUCGGCCAGACUUUGAAGGACUCAGGGUUUGAGUUGGCCGAUCCAGCUGCACUUUCCAGUCUCUGCAGUGCUACUGAGGAGUACAUGCUACGACUCUCCACAUUCGUCCGCCAGUCCAUGCUAUCUGCGCGACGUGUCCAACCAAUACCGCAAGAUUUUGACCACGCUCUGAAGCGUUUCCGCCUCAAUCCCGAUGAUCUUCUCCCUCAUCUCAAAGCAGCGCCCUCAGACAAACCCACGCCAACAUUAUUACCAUCUCCCCCACCAGAGAAUGAGAUAUCAAAAUCUCUCCCCUUUCUCACGGCUCUGAGCAGCGAAGACGACCGUGCAAAUCGUCCUUACAUCCCAAAACAUUUCCCGAGCUUCCCUAGCAAACAUACCUAUUCUGCCACCGCGGUUUUCAUUGGACGAGACAACGACCCGCGCAAGAUUAGGGAACGCGCCGCAGAGGAUGGACGGCAUGGCGAGGAAGCUUUGCGCAAACUAGCGAGCGCCGCUUUCCGCGACAAUCAGACGGGCUCGACUAGCCGCGAUAAGAAACUUUGGGGUCGGAGAAUGGACAGCAUGGAAAGCAUGUUCGAAAAGACAAUCAAGGGACUAUCCAAAAAGCAUAGCAAGGACUCAUUCACCAGCUCAGCUAUGGAUAUUGAUUCGGGACACCCGGCAGAUGCCGACACCAAAUCUCGGCUCAAGCUUUCGUGGAAUAUGGAGUUGGGCCCCAUUGUCAACUGUGAGCGAGAUCUCUGGCGCCGGACGAGCUCGAAUGCACGGCGAGGAGAGGAGAAGACUCCAAAGCCUCCAGCAAGUGUCGACCCAGCGGAUGUCAUGAUUGACAUCUACGAGAUCAGCUUGCCAUUUGACUCGAACUCGAUGCUCAAGACUUACCGUCGGAACAACCGCACCACAGGCUCGCACACCACAACCCCUGGUGUGCCCGUUCUGGACACUUUGCUUGAAGUCUUUGCGCCGAAAGCACUUCCUGUGUCAGGUGCUGUGAUCGAUGGGCAACCUCAAUCUAUAAGUGCGCAGACUAUUGACGAUGAAAACAUUCUGCUGCAUAGUGAGCUCUCGGCUAGUCCGGAUGAAAUCCACGCUGCGCAAGACAUUGACCCACCUGCCAAUGUGUUGUUCUCAGACCCAGAUGGUAGCAAGAAACAGCAGGUUCCUAUCGUGGAGAUUUCAAGCAGCCUGUCGGCUUCGGGGAAGUCACAACUACUGUACUAUCUUACGGCUCUCGCUAUCUUGCCACGACAAUAUGGGGAGAUCUCAGUCGGUGGUCAAGAGGCAGCUGUGGUAUUCAUAGAUGCCGACGACCGAUUUGAUGUCGAAAGACUAAGAACUGUGGCUCGAGGUAUCGUACUACAGCAGCGAGGACUAUCUGAAUCGAAUCUUGGGGCUCAAGCUCAACCGGCAAGCACGGCGGAUCAUCAUCUUGAAUCAAUGCUCGUGUCUUCGCUACAGCAUGUCCACGUCUUUCGUCCGCAAUCUUCAUCCGCUCUUUUGGCCACGAUCCACACGCUAGACUCGUACCUUUUCGAUCUCUCGCGACAUCGUUCCGCAUCACGUCCCUUACAAAUGAUCGCCAUUGACAGUGCCACCGCCUUCUUCUUGCAGGACCGGCUGCGUGACGAAGUCGCUCGGACCGAAGAAAUUGGGCGUCCUCAGGCAGAAAUAGAUUCUGAGCGCGAGCAAAAAAAGAGUUUCCAUUUGUCUGACCUCUAUACCGAGCUGGUGAGGCAGUUGAAGGGUGUACAGAGUCAGUUUCAGUGCGCCAUUGUGUAUACCGCAACGGUCUCAGGAAGUCGGGCUUCUGGCCCUGGUCACUACGAUCAGUCCCAGGCUCGUGUUCCAUCGCUGAGACCUAUUCUCCCUGCGCCCUGGGGCACUUUUCCAACAUUGCGUCUAAUUGUGCACCGAUCUUCUGUUCGCCCAUUUCCACCGAGUAUGGCCGCCCAUGUAGCUGUGAAAGACGCCCCUUCACGGCAGAGCGUGGUUCAACAAGGGAAGAUAUCGGCAUGGGUCAAUCCGUGGGGACGUGAUGAAUGGCCUCGUCGCAUAGUGGAAGCAAUCGAGGCGAACAAUGGUGGGAGCUUUUCAUUUUACGUGCGAGACUCUGGCGUUGAGAUGACAGAUCCUGAUCAUUGA